GAAUGAAUAAAUAUAAAGAAAAGUGUGAAAUAAGAAAAGCUGGAGGCAUCACCAAUUGUACAUUUUUUAAUAUCUCGUCUUGUUUUAUUUUAACAUACAAUUUUGCAGUUUUGUUCUAAAUAAUAACUAGCAGUGACCUGUCGAACAUGGCAUCCGGCACAACUUUGCAAAAAGCUAUCGACUUGGUGACCAAAGCAACGGAAGAAGAUCGCAAUAAAAAUUAUGCCGAAGCGUUGCGUCUGUAUGAACACGGCGUUGAAUAUUUUUUACAUGCUAUUAAGUACGAAGCUCAGGGCGAAAAGGCCAAGGAUUCAAUUCGUGCCAAGUGCUUACAGUAUUUAGAUCGUGCAGAAAAACUAAAGGAGUAUCUUAAGAAAGGUAAAAAGAAGCCUGUGAAGGAGGGCGAAUCAACGUCAAAGGACGACAAGGAUAAGAAGGACGAUAGCGAUUCCGAUGGUGAUGAUCCGGAAAAGAAAAAGUUGCAAGCUAAAUUGGAAGGCGCUAUAGUUAUUGAGAAACCACAUGUGAAAUGGUCCGAUGUAGCUGGAUUAGAUGCCGCGAAAGAGGCACUCAAAGAAGCAGUUAUCCUACCAAUUAAGUUCCCUCAUCUUUUCACUGGCAAACGCAUACCAUGGAAGGGCAUUCUCCUUUUCGGUCCACCUGGUACCGGAAAAUCGUAUCUUGCUAAAGCUGUCGCUACAGAGGCAAACAAUUCAACUUUCUUUUCUGUGUCCAGUUCGGAUUUGAUGUCGAAAUGGUUGGGUGAAUCAGAAAAGUUGGUCAAGAAUCUCUUUGAGUUGGCGCGCCAACAUAAACCGUCAAUCAUUUUUAUUGAUGAAAUCGAUUCUAUGUGUUCGGCGCGUUCCGACAAUGAAAACGACAGUGUACGUCGCAUCAAAACAGAAUUUUUGGUGCAAAUGCAGGGCGUGGGCAACGAUACUGACGGCAUUCUGGUGCUUGGGGCCACCAAUAUACCUUGGGUGUUAGACUCAGCUAUACGGCGACGUUUCGAAAAGCGUAUCUAUAUUCCGCUGCCGGAAGCACAUGCUCGUUUGGUUAUGUUUAAAAUACAUUUGGGGAAUACCUCUCAUGUACUAACCGAGACCGAUCUAAAAGAGUUGGCAUCGAAAACGGACGGUUAUUCGGGAGCUGAUAUAUCAAUAGUUGUACGAGAUGCGCUUAUGGAGCCUGUACGUAAAGUGCAAACCGCUACACAUUUCAAGCGAGUCACCGGCCCAUCACCUACAAAUAAAGAAAUAAUAGUUGAUGACUUGCUGGUGCCCUGCUCUCCUGGCGACGAAGGCGCCACUGAAAUGUCUUGGAUGGAUGUGCCUAGCGACAAGCUAUUCGAACCUCCAGUUACUAUGCGCGACAUGCUGAAGUCUUUGUCUCGCACAAAACCCACUGUUAACGAGGAUGAUCUAGUUAAGCUGCGCAAGUUCACCGAAGACUUCGGGCAAGAGGGAUAAAUUGAGGACGAGAUUCUAAGAAUAUUUGAUUUUAUUAUAUAAAUAAGUAAAUACCGUACGCGAAUUAAUAAAUUUUUGCCUAUUUCAUAAAAAAAACCUGUACAAUCGGACCCACUCGCUAUUUAAUUUAAAAAAGAAAA